UGGGCAGACUGCAAUGGGAAGAGCCUCCUGCACGCUCCAAGUUCCCUUCCAAGCAACAUCACCAGUUUGGACCUCUCCUUCAACUCCUUGGUCAUGCCCCGUCACGGGACUCUCUUGAUGCAUUUCCCUUCCCUGCGCUCCCUCAACCUCUCUAGCAAUGCCCUGCUGGCGCUGAGCCCAGCAGUCUUCUCCAACCUUGGGGCACUACGUCUGCUGGACCUGAGCAGCUGCAGCAUUGCCUACCUCCACACAGAUGCUUUCAAGGGCUUGGGAAACUUGCACACACUGCUCCUAAGAAAUAACAAUCUGCAAGAGCUUGAGGUCCCUUUCUUCCUGCCGCUGAAGGCUCUUUUCCACCUGGACCUGCAGCACAAUGCGCUGGUCUCUGUGAACGCUUUGAGCCUGGAGCUGAUGGAGGCAGUCCCGCAGGUCCGGCUGGAAGGGAACCCCUGGGUCUGCGACUGCACUGCGCACCCUCUGCAGCAGUGGCUGCAGCGCAGGCAAGCUGUGCAGGUGACGUGUGCAUCACCCCCGGAGCUGCAGGGCCGGGAGGUCGCAGCUCUGGAUUCCCAGGACCUGGGCUGCCAGAUGAAGCAGCGGUUUCCUCGGGAGGUCAGCACGGUGCAGCAGACCACAGUGGCCCACAGCAACACCACCACACCGCCCUCCAGGAAGGGAGGAAGGAGCUGGCCGUACUUGGUGGGCUUCCUGGUGGCAGCAAUCAGCAUCUCCAUCCUGAUUGCGCUGGCUGCCAAGUGUAAGCUCUUCCACAAGAACUUCGCCAGCUACCGUCACCGGCCGCUGCCCGAGACCAGCUCCACUGGAGGCAGUCCCAUGGAGGAUGGCAGCAGCUGGGACAGGGGCUGGGGGGCCAGCAAGAACCAUACCAUGCCCAGUGCUGCCAGUCUGCAAGCUGAGGAUGAUGAUGGCUUCAUUGAGGACAACUACAUCCAGCCAAGUGAGCAGCAGCGGGAGGAAGAGGAGUGGGAGUCGCACCUCUCCAUCUGA